CCUGAAACCCGGCCUGCCACCCGACCCCACCUCGCUGACCGAGGCUGACGGCGGAGCGUGCGAACGACCCCGCUACUGCUUUCUUCCUCCCCUAGAUCACACACCCCAGCCCCGGAAGAUGGGGAACUGCCUGAAGUCCCCCACUUCGGAUGACAUCUCCCUGCUUCACGAGUCUCAGUCCGACCGGGCUAGCUUUGGCGAGGGGACGGAGCCGGAUCAGGAGCUGCCGCCGCCAUAUCAGGAACAAGUUCCAGUUCCGGUCUAUCAUCCAACACCUAGCCAGACUCGCCUAGCAACUCAGCUGACUGAAGAGGAACAAAUUAGGAUAGCUCAAAGAAUAGGCCUUAUACAGCAUCUGCCUAAAGGAGUUUAUGACCCUGGAAGAGAUGGAUCAGAAAAAAAGAUCCGGGAGUGUGUGAUCUGUAUGAUGGACUUUGUUUAUGGGGACCCAAUUCGAUUUCUGCCGUGCAUGCACAUCUAUCACCUGGACUGUAUAGAUGACUGGUUGAUGAGAUCCUUCACGUGCCCCUCCUGCAUGGAGCCAGUUGAUGCAGCACUGCUUUCAUCCUACGAGACUAAUUGAGCCAGGGUCUCUCAUCUGACUUCAAGUGAACCAUCAUUUUUGGUGGUUUUGAUCUUUUGUCACUGAGCCCAAAGAGCCAGGGAUUAGGAAUUAAGAUCAUGCACAAAAGUUUCCUAAAAAUUCCUGCAUGGCUGCAGGAAUUCCUGAAUGGCUGCAGAUGUUGGGGGAAAAAAGUAUGUGAUAUUUUAGAAACUUAGGGGGAAAAGUAGGAAGGUAUUUUUAUGUAAAGCCUUGACCCAGUGUUCAAAAAUAUAAUUGUAUUUAGAUCUUGUUAUUGCUCCAGUACAUAGGAAUUGUGUAAAGUGUUAUACAGCAGCUGUAUAUGUUUAAAUUGUGUCUGUUGAAGAUUAGGAAAAAGAUAGUGGUUGUUUUUCCUAAAUGAAAUAACUUUCUUCUCCCCCCCCACCCAAAUUCUUUUCUCAAGUUGCUGGCAUUUGGGUCAAGGUUUUAUUAAAAGCUACAUUUUAUAACACUGGCACAAAAAAAGUAGUUUUAAGCUUGUUUGCACAGUUCUUUUUUUCCAUUGGAAAUGGAAUUCAUUGCCUUAGGUCUUUUUAAAUAGUGUAUUAUUAUCGUUGGGGCUGGCUCUAUGCUUGAAAACCAGUUUAUUUAUAACCUGUUAUAAGUGCUAUAUCUGUUUUCAGUUAGGAAAUGCAGAAUUCAAAGUGAUCUCCUAGCUUGUAAGCAAACUGAGAUGCACUAUCCCUUUUCUAUAAAAAAAUGAGUUAAUGUGUCAAGAAACCAACUCCAGUAAAGUGGGGUUUAAUAUUACCCUUUCUUAUGUGUUUCACCUAAUUAUUUUGGUUGUUAAUAUGGUGAUAAUUAAAAGUCAAGGUAAAUUUUAAAUAUUAAGAAUUCUGAUUUAUUGAGCUUGAAUUAUGCCACCAUGCUUAUGUAAAAAUGAAAGUGGCACCAUGGUUAAACUGAGAAAAGUUUCUCAGUUGCAACAAUUUUGAUUUAUUCUUUCCUGUGACCUCCUUCCCUGUUGUCUUGAACAUAGCAAAAGGAUACUGCAUCUCUUCUUAUUGUAGUGCUGAGGUUACUGAAGUUAUAUAAAAACACAUCUCUGUUUCUGCUGGAAGGACAGUCCUGCUAGUUGACUGACAAUUCUAAGCAGGGAGAAUUAAGAUAAAUGUGUUUCAUGUUUUGCACACAAAUGCAGAAUUUGUAUAACCACAUGACUUCAUAGUUGUGAUCUCAAAAAAGAAGGAAUUUCUCUUUUAUCUUUUUCUUGCAGUUAAUAUAAGAACACUGAAUCUCUAAGCUUCUGAAGUGUUAGAGGUAGAGAUGGUCUAGUAAAGAUGUAGUUGUAAUGUUUUAUCCA